AUGGCCAGCAUGGCUCGGGCGGAGGCCUUGAAUGACUCGGAGAAGUCAGACUUCUGGGAGCAAGGCUACCUGAGCUUCAGGGGCUUGCUAGCACCGGAGGCUCCGGCGAUCCGAGCGCGCAUGGACUUGAUGAUGAAGGAUGCACCUGCUGCAACGGCGGACUGGAAUGCCGUGGAUGCUGGCGGGGCUUCUUUCGUCCUGGCCGUGGACGACAAGGGCCAGACAAUCCCUGGGCGCAUUCUCAAGGUCCAAGCUGCGGCCCUCGCCUCCAGCGCCGUGCUGGAGGUCUUCCGGUCCCCUGCCGUGGUCGCAAAGGUUAAAGAGCUGUACAGCUUCUUGGGUCACGAUGUCCCCGAGCACGUGGAUGUGUUUGGGACGAAAUUCUUCCCCAUGUGGCCUGGUGGGGUUUCUGUUGAUUGGCACCAAGAUUGCCACUACUUUGGCACGGCUUCGUCGAGGAUAAUAUCCUGCGGAGUCUACCUCGAAGAGACAGAUGAGGAGAACGGUUGCCUCCAAGUCGUGCCGGGGUCCCACACCUCGGACUUCGAGCACAAACCUGGUAGCGGCUUGCACGCGCAGGGCGAGUGGGUCACACCAGAUACCUCUGCAACCGUGGUGGACAUCGUGGUCCCGGCGGGGUCGGUAGUGCUCUUCAACUCCCGGCUGCUCCACGCAGCAAGGCAGAACAAGCACGCCGCCCGCACGCGCUACUCUCUGUUUGGACAUUUCGUCCCUUCAGAGCUGGACUUCAGCUGGCGGGGCACCGACUUCUCGCAUGGGAAGUAUCUGGAUCGGCAUCAGAUUUACUGA